AUGGCAUCGACAGCACCAAACUCGAUCAAGGUACUACUUCUUACCAAAACCCGCGGCUAUCGUCAUGACUGCAUUCCCGCCAUGAUUUCGGCGUUUAACUCACUACCAUUCUCCGUGAGCGCAACUGAAGAUUCAACAGAGUUGCUGUCUCUUUCGAACUAUGACGUCGUUGCUCUCGGACAUAACACAGGCGAUUAUCUGAAUGAAGAGGAAGUCACCUCCUUGCUAAGCUUCGUCGAAAAUGGCGGUGGUGUUGUAGGCAUUCACGCUGCCACAUCUGGCUUAAAGACAAACGCCAGGUAUACCAAGAUCUUGGGCGAGGUGUUUAAUGGCCACCCGCCGCCACAGUGGAUGACUCUCGCGGUCGAAACCUCAAAUCACUACAUCAACGGUUAUCAGUCCCUUCCUGGUCCAGACUCUGCACCUGAAGAAGCUCCUGUAUGUCCUGUCAAGACAGAGUCUCUUCAAGCGGGGCAGUUCACGUGGUUCGACGAGGUGUAUACAUUCAGAUCUCACCCGCGUAUCGAUGGCCGCACUAUCUUACUUUCGGUGCAGGGGGGUAAUGAGGAGAGCGCUGAAUCGGCAGGGUUUCCGUUGUCGUGGACUCAAACGGUCGGAAAGGGAAGAGUGUACUACACUGCUCUGGGCCAUUUUGAUGAAGCGUAUAAAGAUACUUGGUUCAUGGAAAGCUUGCGCCGAGCUGUGGUAUGGACUGCGAAGAAGGACUAA